AUGGCACCCCCUAAAGUGACUCUCUACGUCGAUAUCGUCAGCCCGUUCGCAUACAUUGCGUUUCACGUCUUGAAGAACUCCUCCACAUUUGCAAAGUGUGAAGUCACUUAUGUCCCCAUUUUCCUCGGUGGCCUGUUCCAGCAAUGCGGAAACCUGCCACCCCUGAACAUCAAGAAUGGAUCAAUGCGGAACGAAUCCGAUGGGCCAAAUACUUUUCCGUCCCCAUCUGCGACACUCCCCCCAAGGGCUUCCCCAUCAGCACCGUCGCCGUACAGCGGGCCCUCUGUGUCAUUGCCCAACAGAGCCCGCAGAAGUUACCCCGCCGCUAUCGAGGCGCUCUAUCACUCGUUCUGGGUCCAGUCCAAUUCUGAGAUUGGAAAGCCCGCGGGCUUUGGGCCCAUUCUCGAGAGUGUUCUCGGACCGGAGGCGACGAAGGAGGUUCUGAAUGCGAUCACACAGCCCGAAGUCAAAGCCCUCCUCUCAGCCAACACAGACCGAGCCUUCAAGGCAGGUGCCUUUGGUCUCCCAUGGUUUGAAUGUACCAAUGCAGCCGGUGAGCAGCAGGGGUUCUGGGGAAUCGACCAUCUCGGCCAAGUCGUUGACUUCUUGGGGCUGGAGCGUGGUAAAGAGGCGGGAUUCAAGGCGUUGCUUUGA